CCAACUGUCGAUCUGAAGUUCUUCUUCGAAAACUUCAAAAAUGUCAUCCAUACUUAAUACAUAAUACUACAUAAUGCCUUAAAGAAGUCCUUUCUGUCAUGUCUGGCUUAAAAAAAUUAUUCAAGAAGAAGAGUCCAAGUGCGAAGAACACCCUGUCAACGGAAGACCUUAGUGAUGCCGCCAGCAUUGCUUCGGGUUACUCGAUCCCUAAAGACAAGGAUUUACCAAAGCUCCAUAAAGCUGUUUGGAACGGAGAUUUCACUAAAGUGAAACAGCUUGCAAAGAAAGGAGACGUCAACCAACUUGACAAGGAAAACAGAACUGCUCUUCAUCUCGCCUGCUCUCAAGGUAAAGAGGACAUUGUAAAGUUUCUCUUGGCCAAUAAUGCCAAGACAAAUCUCUGUGACAAUUAUGGAAGAACACCACUUAUGAAGGUAGUUGAAUGCCAGUUCCUAGAGUGUGUUAAAAUUUUGCUGGAACAUGGAGCCCAAGCUGAUGUCAUAGACGUUAACAACAGCACACCACUACAUCUUUCAGCAGCCAAUGGUGACGUUGACAUAGCAGUGCUUUUGUUAGAGAGAGAAGCAAAGGUUGAUGCGAAAGAUAAGGAAGGUUUUACUCCUCUACAUGUGUCAGCCUCACUUGGAAAUCUGGAUUUUGUAAAUUUUUUGAUUAAUGAAGGAGCACAGAUCGACCAAGUUGAUGCUCACGGCAGGUAAAU